GGCGCUGCUUUCUCAUUAACCUCACGCACACCCGCAGAUGAAUCGCGCUCCCCGUCGGGCUCCGACAGCCCGGCAUAGAGCGUGUCAUCGGGAUCUGCCUCCAGCGCCGAUCUCCACUGAAGCCAAAGCAGCUCUGCGGGGCGCGGAGCUCGACGUGGUGCCGCCCCCGCACUGCACGUGUGGGGUGCGGGCGGCUCCGCGCUGUGCAGGUCCGGCGGAGCUCCGAGCCCAGGGAGGUCCGAGCCGGAGUGCUGGCGGCGGCACAGCCGCCAUUUCUUCCUGAGCCUCCCUUGGGAGAAAUAAGUCAUGAGGAGGCCAGGUCAGCUGCUGAGAUGAGCCAGUGUAGCUGGAAGUAAUGGUGUGAGUGCUUCUUAAGUUCCACCUAACACCAAUAGAUCAAUCUGAAGUCACCGGGAAUAUCUACAAACAGGAAAAGAAGGUUGAGAGCAGAAAAGAAACAACCGUUUUGAAGUACGGGAUGAGAGCAGCACCAGAACAUCUUCCCUGAAUGUUGGAGGAAAAAGUGCACUCAUCUGAGAAUGAAUUAAAACAAACUGACAAAUGCCCAUCUGAGCUUUUCCUGCAUGUGUUCAGUGUUAAUUUCUCCAGUCCAGCUGUGGAGCUACUGCAGCUCCUGGUAUGUGAAGGAAUUGAGAGUGCACAUUCCCAAACCGGCCCUGUUCUGAAGUCUGCUGUAAAUGCUCCCGGGUGCUGCUCCUGGGGAGCCCAUUACACCUUAGAGGCUGUGCACCUACAGGCAUUGCUCGCAGUUCCAGCUGCAUCUUCACCAGCUUCCCAGAGAGCUGUGCAGCUGCAACUGGUGGAUCACUGCUGUGUCAGCAGCGCUGUGAUGCCCUGCUGAGUGAUGAUCUCAGUUCACCCUCCACGCCUCAUGUGCUGAUUCCAUCCCAUCAGGCACAGAUACCAGAUUUUCUUGAGGAGUUUGGCCAUUACUAUUCCUUGACCAAACUCAUGUCCAUCCAUCAAGCAACCAACAGGACCACCUUUAACUGGACAGACAGCUGCAUUGUGGAGUGGGAGAAGUUUGCAGAGCUGGCUCGAUAUGAGCUGGAAUCCCAGAAACCAAUUGUGAAGGCUCUCCUGAUUGUGGCAUACUCAGUGAUUAUCAUCAUGUCUCUCUUUGGGAACAUGCUGGUGUGCCACGUGGUGCUGAAGAGCAAGAGGAUGCACUCGGCCACCAGCCUGUUCAUUGUCAACCUGGCGGUGUCUGACAUCAUGAUCACGCUGCUCAACACACCCUUCACUCUGGUUCGGUUUGUGAACAGCACAUGGAUCUUUGGGAAGGUGAUGUGCCAUGUCAGCCGCUUUGUGCAGUACUGCUCGCUACACGUCUCCACACUCACCCUGACAGCCAUCGCCCUGGACAGGCACCAGGUUAUUCUGAACCCACUCAAGCAAAGGAUGUCUCUGACAAAAGGAGCUGUGAGCAUUGCUGUGAUCUGGCUGCUGGCUGCCUGCUUCUCCCUGCCCCAUGCUGUCUACCAGAAGCUCUUCCAGUACAACUAUAGGGAAGCCACCGUACGGAGUCUGUGCCUCCCGGAUUUCCCUGAGCCUGCGGAGCUGGUCUGGAAGUACCUGGACCUGUCCACCUUCCUGCUCCUGUACCUGCUGCCUCUGCUCGUCAUCACUGCCACCUACACACGCCUGGCCAAGAAGCUGUGGCUGCGCAACGCCAUUGGUGAUGUCACCACACAGCAGUACAUCACCCACCACAGGAACAAGAAGAAAAGCAUCAAGAUGCUGGUGCUGGUUGUGGUGGUCUUUGCUGUCUGCUGGUUUCCACUCAAUUGUUACGUAGUGCUCAUCUCCAGCCUGGGCAUCAAGACCAAGAACUCGCUCUACUUUGCCCUUCACUGGUUUGCCAUGAGCAGCACCUGCUACAACCCUUUCAUUUACUGCUGGCUGAAUGAGAGCUUCCGUGCAGAGCUCAGAGCCCUCCUGUGCAUGUGUCAGCACACACCCCAGCCCCGGGGCACCGCGCAGCCACCCAUGGCUGUGUCCUGUCGUGAGGCCUGGGGGGAGCAAGCAGGAUGCGUGAAGGGGCACUCAUCAGACAGCAUUUGCUCCACUGUGCUCAUCCCGAUGGCCAACACUGACCUGUGAGCAAGGGCAACAAUGGAUGGAGUUUAGCAUGCAUCUGAAGGAAGGAUCUUCACAGCCAGGGAAGAAGUAAUGUGAGAACUGCACACACAGGGGAGAACUGGAAAAUGGAAGUACUGAGUGAAUGAACAAUAAAAAGUCAUCCAUGUGGAAGGAGGGAAAGGAAGGCACCUUGGGCUUGGAAAUUCAGCUCUUAUGGAUUUAAGUCUUCAUUUUCAGCAAACAAAAUAUAACUGACUGUUCUCUCAACUCUGCGGAGGAGAUGGGAAGGUCUGCCAGACACUGCCAUGGCUGUUCUUCAAAAACACAAACAGAUUUGAUGACCAGCUUUCUGUUCAGCUUCUCUCUCAUGAGUGCCCCUCUCCCCCACCAUUGUGCCCCAACACUGGGGGACAAACCUGGGCUUGGCUGCCUUGUUGUUGUUCUGCUGCAGAAUUACCUGCUGCGAAGCUGGUGUUGAAGCCAUGGCCACAGCCACCUCCAGGAGCCAUGGGGAUAUGCAGGGCUGCUCCCAGUCUGGCUUAACGCUCAUGAGUGGCAUUGCCCUGAACCGAAGCCCACAUGGCACUGGAAGGCACUGGACAAAGGGGAAUCAAUCAGACACGCCGAUGGCAGAAGUAGAAAGGCUUGGGAAAUGCACUCUGAUCAUUUAUGAGCGGUUCUUGUAACUGUCAUGUAAUUGCAUGUAAUCAGACAUCAUUGUGUGCUAAUGAGCAGCUGUGCCACAUUAAACCCUGGCAGAGCUCCUGCUCUGUGCACUAUGGGUGGCUUUGCUGCCUUGCUGGGCACUCCCAAGGGCUUUGGCAGGCCCCAGGUUGCUCCUUGCCUGCUUUUGCCACAUGGCACAUACACCAGCAAGGCAACUGCAGGCUGUCCUCCUCCCUGUGCCCAUGUUCAUUCACAGUGCCUCCUGCACUGCUUUGCUGGUGCAGAUGCAGUCAGUGAGGCACACUGGACCGCAGGCGGGUGUUCCUUAUGCCACGAGCAAGCUACAUUCAUACAAGAACCUAUGAAGCAUGAGAGUUUGGGCAAGUAUAAUAGCUUUAAUUAAAACAGAAAACCAUAUCCUUCAUUCUAAUAAUUAUUUUAAAGAGCAGACCAAGUGCAGGGGCAUGAACAGACUUAACAAGUGCUGUAAUUAUGGAUCUGGAAGAACAACCGCUCCUCCGCCAGGCUGCAGAGUGCAGCUCUUUGGGCAGCGUUUGGGGGCCGCCUGCUGCCCUCCCAUCCCCACAGUUGGGGACACAGGAGCUCCAGACAGCACUGCACCCAGCCCUGCACAGCCCCAAGGAAAACUCACCAAGCACCUCCAACUCUGGGAUUUAUUUGUCUACAUGUACACAGCAUCCAACAGCACCACAUCUGGGUGGAAUGUGGGGAACAAACACCCCGUAUUAAACAAAAACUUAAGAGCUUCAGCUACUGUUUCAUUUGAAUACAGACAACAUUUCCCCCUCCCCCCCC